UUAAUCUAAAAGCCAACUCAGCCAACCCAUUUGAACAAAUGUGCUAAGUUUUGUCACUAUACAUCAUCUACCUGUCUUCUCAAUGACUUCAAAUCUUUUUUAUAUGUCAAGUGAUCAUAUAUCACAUAUAUAUGGUUUUAUAUGUCUCUAAUGAUCUGGGUGAUUCAGAAUUAGUAUGCUCAGUAGGUUUCUUGCAGAGAAAACAACUAUUCAAACCCUAAACCUCCAAAUAAUUGCUUCCCUGCAUGAAAGAUGGAAACUGGAGUUGUCAUCAUCCAAGAACCAGUCUCCACAAAGACAAAUGUUGGAGAAGCUCCUGCAGGAGUGAUACUUGACAAGUCAUCCAUGGAAGUACAAAAGGUAAACCUGAGUACUGUUCUUGAUGAUGAGAUCAGCAGUGGCGAUUUCAGAAACGGUAUUAUUCCAGGAGAGACAGAUGUUGCAGAUAUUGUAAAUGGUUCAGGGAAUAUAGAAACCGAAGAAUUAAAACACGAAAAAGGAGAAGCGACGAAGAAUAUUUCGGUUGUAGAAGACAGUAAGAUCGUUAGUGAGACAGAAAAGGAUGAACAAGGCUCUAUCUUUGUUCAUAAACCUGAAAGUUUGAACAAAGACAUAGAAGACGCAAAAAUAAUCUCAAGUGAUGUGACUUUAGAGAAGGAUAAAGAACCAGAAGAGGUAAGUGUGGAAAAGCCGGUAAUAGAAGAAGAUCAUACAGAAACAAAACACUCACCAGAACAAGAGGAUGAGAUUGGUAAUAUCUCAAAGGCCCGUGAAGAGAUACCGAAACAGACUGAUGAAUUUAAAGAAGAAAAAGAUUCAAGAACUGUUGAGACCGCUGUAAAUGGAACAGAAGCUGAGCACAAUGCAACGGUCUCAGUAGAAGAAAUCUCGAGGAAUGGUGACAACAUUGUGAAUGAAACAGUUCCAGAAGAUCAAACCGCAACAGAUGGUGAAUCACCACUACAUGUAACUGAAACUACACAAAGAGUUCUUCCUGAACUGGAAAAAGACCCUGAGAUUGUUUAUAAAGAAGAAACUGCAGUUCUUGAACCUGUAAGUUUGAAGGAAACUGCAGAACCAGUGGAACCAAUCAAAAACUCAGAUAAUGCAGAGCAAAUCUCACGGGGAGUGACUGUAGACAUUGGAAAGGAAGAGGACAUAAGCCAAAACACAGAAGAGGUUCAAGAAAGUUCUAGGGUAAUCGAAACACCCACAAUAAAAGGAGAGGACAUCGAAUCAAAAGCUUCAUUAGAUCAUGAGGUCAAAUCUAAGGAGACAGUUCCAGAAAAAGAAACUACAACAGAUGGUGAAUCACUACAUGAAUAUGAAAAUACAGAAAGAGUUCUUCCUGAAGCAGAAAAAGAAGAAGACAAGGAAGAGAUGAAAACUGACGAAGUACGGAGCCUGAAUGUGAUAGAGAAAGUGGAAACAGUGACUGUAAAGACAGUUACAGAUGACCCUGAGCUUGUAAAUAAUGAAGAAAAUACAGUCCAUGAAUCUGAAAGCUUGAAGGAGAAUGCAGAACCAGUAGAAGCAAUAAGAAGCUCAGACGAAAUAACCCAAAACAGAGAAGAGAUUCAAGUUCCUAGUUUAAUUGAAACGUGGAAAAUACAAGGAGAGGACAAUGAAUCAAGAGUCUCACUAGAUACUAAGGCAGAGGUAGAUCAUAGCUCAAAUGAGACAGAGGAACAUGAACAUGUAUCGGGGAGAGACUUACCAAAGUGUGAGACCCUUGAAGUUGAGGCUGUAGAGACAAAAGAAGAAGACCUGAAAGAAGAUAAAGAAAAAGAGGAAACAGAGGCAGCCAAGACCAUCAUUUCGUCUAAUGAGGUAAGUUCUUCUACUGUUCAAGAAGAAUUUGGUGAACAUAUUGACCCGUGUAGCUCGGAGAUCAAAGAUGAGAGCCAUGGAAGAGAAGAAUCUGUAGAAGUCAAAUCUAAAGAGACCGAUCAAGGCGAAAACACUGCGGAGAAGCAUAAGGGUCUUCUUGAUGUAUCAUCUACAGAAUCAAAGAAGUAUCAAGAAAACGAACCCGAGACAACUAUAGUCGCUGGUACAGAGAAAUUUGAAGAAAGUCCAUCAGAUCUUGCCUUAAAUGUUGAUAAAGAGGAGCAAAACGAUGAGAAGAUAAAGGUAGAUAGAGUUGAUGGAACUCAAAUUAUGGAGGAACAGAGAGGCCUAGACUCGAAUGGGGUAGAAGCAGAGCAAAUUGAUCCAAACAGAACCGAUGAAACAGAGGAAAGACCAGUUGCAAAGCAGGUUUCUCUUCCGGAUGUGGAACCAGUUGAGCAGAUGCAGAAACCAUCACUUGAUUCUCCUUCUCAAGUAUCAGAAGAAACAAGCAAAACCGUAGAUGCAGAAAUUGAUGAAAGACCAGAAGAAGAAAAAGUAACACUGCAUCAAGAAGAUCAAGUGGAAGGUUCCUAUGGAUUAGGAACAAUAAAAGAAACAGUUUCAGUACCAGAGAGUAUUGAGACUGGAGAAAAAUCCCUGGAAGAAAGGAAUGUGAUUGAUCUGACUCCUCUUCAAGAAGAAUCAUCCCAAACAAAUGAGAAAAAAGAAGAAACAAAGUUAGAGAAGCAUGAACUAACAAAUGAAGAAGUUAAAUCUGAUGAAGUCAUAGAAGUUUCAUCUACAUUACUUCCAAAGGAACUGGAAGGUGAGACCGUUGUUGAAGCUGAGAAGAUUGAAAACAACAAAGAGAAUGAGGAAGAAGCAGCAGCAGUAGACAAUCUUGAGACUGUUGAAUCUCAUAAUUCAUUGCCAUCUUCUUCAGAGGAGCAAGAACAUGGGACUGUUUCUGAGAAGAUAGAAGAUGAAAAAGUGGAGGAAGUACCGAUGGUCCAAAUAAAAAGUCAUGAGAGACAAGAGGAGGUUUCUAAGGCUGUAGAGGAGCAGACGAUAGAUAUGAAACCUUCUUUGACUGAAAAAUGCUCUACGGAUCAGAACCAGCCGGAGGAACAAGUCGAAGAGGCAUGCUCCAGAGAUGAACAAGAUAAGGAAAUCUCGAGUAACAGUGAGAACAUUGUGAAUGAAACAUAUGCUUUGCAUAACGCAGAAGCUGAAGAAGAAGAAACUGCAACAAAUGGUGAAUCAUUACAUGAUGUUGAAACUACAAAAAGAGAUCUUCUUGAAGUGGAAAAAGAAGAAGAGGCAGAGAUAAAGAAAGAUGCAGAACCGAGGUUGGAUGUGACAGAGAAAAAGGAAUUAGAGACUGAAAAAAUUGUUGUAGAAGACAUAGAUGUCGUCAAUAAUGAGGAAGCUACAACUCAUGAAUCUGAAAGCUUGAAAGGAGAUGAUCAUCAGAGUGAGAAUGCAGAAUCAGUGGAAGCAAUCAAAAACUCAGACGAUGCGGAGAAAAUCUCAAGUGAGGUGACUGGAGACAUAGAAAAGGACGAGGACAUAACCCAAAAGGCAGAAGAGGUACAAGAAAGUUCUAGGGUAAUCGAAAUACCGACAAUACAAGGAGAGGACAAUGAAUCGAAACCCUCGCUAGAACUCAAGGAAGAGGUAUAUCAAAGCUCAAAGGAUACAGAACAACAUCAACAUGUGUUGGAGAGAGACAUACCACAAUGUGUUGAGGCUAUAGGUACUUCAACAGUCCAAGAAGCUGCGAUCUUAAAUACUUCGGAGACCAAUAAUAGUGAAACAGAGGCAGUGCAUAGUGAAAUGGGUGGAGCAGAAGAAGGCCAAGAGACAAAGGAAGACACAGAAACGAGUCUGGACCUGAAAGUGGGUAAAGAACAAAAGGAACCAGAGACAGUUAAGACUGUCAUUUUUUCUGAUGAGGUGAAAUCUUCCGAUCAAGCAGAAGAACAUACUGAACCUUAUACCUCAGAGAUCAAAAAUGAAAGCCAGGGAAGAGAAGAAUCUGUUGAGAUAAAAUCUAAGGAUAAUGUUCAAGACGAAAACAGUGAGGAGAAGGAUGUUAAUCUGCCUAAUGUACGAUCUGGGGAAUCAGAGAAGUAUCAAGAAAAUGAACCUGUUACAUCUCUAGUCUCGAAGACCGAAAGCGUGGAUAAAUUUGAGGAAAUUCCAUCUGCUGUUGAAGGUGCUGGAUUAAAUGAGAGCACACACAACCAAACUCUUGUGGAUGUAGAAUCAGUUGAGAAGGUGCAUAAACCAUCUCUUGAGACUCCUUCUGAACUAUCUGAGCAUACAAGCAAAGCCGUAGAUGAGAAGAUCGAAGAUAAACCAAUAGAAGAAGUAACAUUUGAUCAAGAAGGUCAAGAUGAAGGGUCUAAUGGAUUGGAGACAAAAGAAGAGACAGGUUCAGUACCAGAAAGUACGGAGCUUGGAGAAAAAACCCAGGAAGAAGAAUCAUGCCUGCAAAACGAGCAAAAGAAAGAAGUAAAGUUGCAGAAAGAACAAAUGUACAAGCAUGAACCAACAGAGGAAGAAGUUUCUAAUGACCAGCAGAGUCCUGUGGAAGAAAAAUCUGAUGACGUUAUACAAGUUUCAUCUGCUUUACCUUCAGAGGGUCCAGAAGAUGAGACCGUUGUUAAAGCCGAAAAGAUUGGGGAAGAACAAGUAGCUGACGAGAUGACUGUUGAAACAAGUUCAUUGCUAUCAUCUUCAGAGGAGCAAGAACAUGUGACUGUUCCCGAGAAGACAGACGGUGACGAAGUGAAGGAGACAGAACCACUAGGAGAUAUGAGGGAGAAAGGUCUUGAAAUUGCUGAAACAGCACAUCUGAGUCUUCCAUCCGUUGAUCAGAAUGAGGAUGUCAAAGCUUUUGAUGAGGAAAUUCAGAUUCCAACUGCUACAUUGCCAUUGGAAGAUCAGGAAAAGGUUACUUCAACAGAAAAAGGAGAGACAAAAGCAAAUGAAACUGAAGAUGAUAAACAAGAUGAACAUGUCGAUUCUUCAACCUCGCCAAUGUUCUCAGAGAAAAAUGAUGAUGAAACUCAGGUUGCAGAGGGAGAGAAAAGAGAUGAAGAGAUAACAGUGGGCACCUCAAAGACAUCUGAAAAUGUAUGCAUCCAACAAGAUGAGUUUGAGAAACCUGAAGCUACAAAGCUAGAGGAGUUUAAAGAAGACAAGAGCCAAGAAAUUGAAGAUACAAGUGAUCAGACUCUUCCCAUUCAAACACCACAGGCAGAAAAUACUCUAUCCUCUGAGUUAGUGUCAGAACAGGAAGACCAAACCCCAAAGCAGGUUGAGGAUAUUUAUGAGGAAGAACACAAGGUAGAAGCUAUGGGUUCUCGAAAUCUUCCGGUUGAAACAUUACAAGCAUAUCAGUCUCAGUCCCCUGAUUUAAUCUCAGCACUAAAUGACCAGACUCCAAAGCAUGUUGAAGAAACUCAUGAAGAAGAAACAAAGGAAGAGCACAAGUUACAGGCUGACGGAAUCCUUCCUACCGAAACUAUUCCAAGAGAAUCAUCUGAUGACGCUCUAGUUUCCAUGUUGGCUUCUAAGGAAGACGGUCAAGUGACUCUGCAAGAAGAUACUUGUGCAGAUGACGUUAGAGAAACAAAGGACACACAAGAUGAACGACCUGUUUCUGUGGAAAUAGAAGAGAGUGUAGGAGAAAUACAACCAAAAGAACAUGAAGAUGAAAUGCGGGAUGAACAUGUCGAGACUCCGACCUCAUCAAUAAUCUUGGAGAAAAACGAUAACGAGACACUGAUUGCAGAGGCAAAGAAAGAAGAUGAAGACAUAAAUGAAACAGAGACAGCAGUAGCUUUAGAAAGUUUAGGUACCUCGACGAAACCAGAAAAUAUGUCCCUCAAACAAGAAGAGUUUGGGAACCCUGAAGUUCCAAAGCUAGAGGAGUCAAAAGAAGAGAAGAUCCAAGAAAUUCCUGAGACCGACAAAGCAAUAGAUGCUACGGGUGAUCAGAGUCUACCAUUUGAAACAUCACAAGAUAAUAAGACUUCAUCCUCUGAUUUAGCUUUAAACCAGGUUCAGGAGGUUCAUGAAGAAGAAACAAAGGAAGAGCAUAAGUUACAAGUUGCAGUCGAUCAGAUUCCAUCCUUAGCUUCAGAACAGGAUGACCAGAUUCCAAAGAAAGUUGAGGAAAUUCUUGAAGAAGAAACAAAGGACACACAGAAGGUACAAGCACACGAUAUUCUCAACACCAAAACUGCUCCAAGAGAAUCAUUCAGUGAAGCUCCAGUUCCCAUGUUGGCUUCUGGGGAAGACGAACCAGUGACUCCACAAGAAGGUAAUUGUGCUGGUGACACACUCGAGGAGAAGGUAGGAGAAACAAAGGCAAAAGAAUCAGAAGUAGAAGGAACAGAAAAAUCAGAUGAUCUGGUUGAGACUUCAACUAAACUUACUAAGGUAGAAGAUGCUGCAAGUACAAAGAAAACGGAGGUUGAAGAUGCGGAGUUAACAAAUGAUUAUCCUACAGAGGAGGCAGAGAAUAGAGAUGAGACUUAUUCAACUCUUCCAGUUGUUGGAAUCUUGACAGAACUCCAAAAUACAUUGGAGACAGAGAGAACAAUCAAUGAAUCUGCAUCAAAAGGAGACAUCAUGACAAAAGAGCCUGCAGAUCAAGACCAAAAGACAGGUGAUGCUGGCGUUGAAUCAAAUGAAAAAGAUUCUGCUACUGGGAUUAUAGAAGAAAACACGUUACAAAAGGAUGAAAAUGGAGAAACUGAAAAAAUCCAGGAAGAAAACUGUCUUCCAGGGAAAUCUCUUCCAAUAGAAGAAAUCAAUUUGCAAGAGGAACAUCAAGAAGAGGUAAAAGUACAAGAUGGAAUCAGCAGAGACUUUGAAGUCAACGACGAAGAGAAAUUACAAGAAGGAAUUAGGGAGAUUCCAGCUAAUCAGUCAAUUACAGAAGUGUUACGUGGUGAGAAAAUUCUGAUUCCAUCUUCUGUGUUGCCUUCUGAGGAGCUAGAGGAUGUGAUUUCUCCUGAAAAGCAAGAAGAAUGCGAGCCACAACAAGACUUCAAUGCUUCAAAAUCAGAGAAGAUAAGUCUACAAGAAGAGCAGAAGGACGAGACUCAUGAAACUGUUAAACAAGAAGAUCAAGUUGUGGAUAUUAAAGAUGAAAAGAAGGAUGACGAGGAACAAGAAAUUGUUUCAUCAAAAGUGAAUAAGGAUAAAGAAGAUGCCAGUGAGCUUGGCGUUGGUAAUGAUUUUGUUUCGCGGGAUGUAGAAAAAGAGGAAGUACCUCACGGGGUCUUGGAGAAUGAAGAAGAGAUCAACGAGGUAGUCAAAUCAGAGAAGCAAAUUACAGAUCCAGUGGGAGUCAUAACGAAAGCUAGUGAAGCUGAGCAUGAAUCAAAUCAAGAACCUGUUAAAACUCAAGCUGAUACAAAGAAACACGAUGAAAGGGAUUUGUCAACCGAAGAAGCACUAAAGAUGCAAAGAGAAGAGGAUAGUGCCGAUAAAUAUCUCACAAAAGAAGUACUAAGUGAGCAACUUCAGGUUCCGUCCUCAACAGCACUAGAUGAUCUCAAAGAUAACAAUACCUCUGAAGCUGACUGCGAUCUUUCAGUACAGAAACCAAGUGAACUCAUUCAGUCUCAUCAAUCUCACAAUCUGCCACUAGAAGAGAACGUUGAAGAAGCUUCAUUUGGAGUCAAGAAGGCACAAGAUGAUAAAAAUGAAGAAAAUGGUAAUGCUUUGAUAACAAAGGAAAACUUGCAAGUACAAGAUCAGCCCAAACAUUUUGAAGCUCUUGCAAUAGAGAAAGAGAUAUCAGAACACGAGCUGACGUCGAACGCUCCCACACAUGUCCAGGAAGAUAUUGGUACAAACGUUAAACCGGCAAUUCACGAUGAGGAAAUAAGAGCUGAUAGCCACGAUUCAGUUGUGAUGCCAAGGGAAGAAACUGGCUUAAUAGAGGAGAAGAGGGAGGUUGAACAUGUGAAGACAGAGCCCGAAGAUGCUAUCAAACAUGGAAUUCCUGUAGAAGAGAACAACAAAACGUCUGAAAAUAUUGAUCGUCAAGCUGCACAAGAGGAGAGUAAGCAAACAUAUACCAUCGAAGAAGAUUUAAGAAAAGAAGUGAAGGAAACAAAUCAAGAAAGUUUCGAAAAUGUGAAGCAACCCGAUGAUGCCAUAGAAAAAACACAACCCGAGAUCCAAGAUAUCGACAGCUUGUCUUUUGUCAGCAAAACACAAGACAACCCAGAGCAAAAAGAUGAAGUUCCAAACCAACAGGAAAGGAACAUAGCUGAUGAAGUUCCAAAUCUGGAGAAUCAAAAGAUUGCAGAGGAAGUUCAGCAAAAAGAUGGAGAAUCCGAGAGAACCAAAGAUUUGUUCUCAGCAGUAAAAGAAACUGAACCGACACUGAAAGAACCGGCUAGGAAAUCGCUAUCAGACCUCAUCCAAAAAGUGAAAGGAACAAAUAAGACUGAGGAUGUAACAACAGAACCUCAUAUCGAAGAGAAGCCUAAAACAGUAGAAGAAGAUGAGAAUGACAAUGGAGAUCAUGAACAUGAUAAAGAUGAUAAAACAAGUCCAGAUUCUAUAGUGAUGGUUGAAGCUAAAGAUACAGUAAGCAUUAUCAAGACUCAUAAGAAAUCACAUGGCCUUCUCUCUGGUGUUGGUUCAAAGGUAAAGCAUUCAAUUUCCAAGGUUAAGAAGGUACUCACUGGCAAAUCUUCUCACACAACAAAGCCUUCAUCACCUAAAUGAGAGAAGAGAAACAAAAAAAACACAAUCAGUCUCUCCAUAUUAAGGCUUUUAUUUUUGGGUUUGUUCAUUAUUUUGAUUGUUUUUUUUCUUCUUAUGUGAAUAUUACAGAUUUGUUUGUGACUUUGUGGGUUUCAUCAUUUUCACAUGUUCAAUAAAUUGCAGAAUGAAAUGGUUUGGUUACUUGUU